ACAAUUUGGAUUUGAUUGAUUGCUUAUUUAUCGGAAAUGAUGAAUUUUUUGAAUUUUGAAAUUUUUUUUUUCGCAAAUGUCACCACAACAUCUUAAUGUACACAUGUGUGUAACUUGUCGAGUAUAAACUGACCAAUAAAAAAAAAUGCUGACAAAUGAUUUUUUUUUGUUUAUAAACUUUGAAUUCCGAAAUUAAAUUUUUUUUUUGUUCGUUAAUCAUGGCCGAAUUACCACAUUUAGGUCAACAUUGUUCCAUUUGUUCGAUUUUGGAUUAUUUACCAGUCAAAUGUGUUGAUUGUAAUAAUUUUUUCUGCAAAGAUCAUAGAAUUUCACAUGAAUGUGUGGCAGAAAAACGUUAUGAAUCCAAUCAAGACAAUGAUCAUCGAUCAAAUGAUGAUUUUAUUAAAUGCCAUUUUUGCAUAGAUUCCGUACAAAUUACACAAUCAUCAGUUUGUAAUCAUUGUAUGAAAAGAUUUUGUUUAAAUCAUCGUCAUCAAGUGGAUCAUAAAUGUUUGAAACUCAUAUCGAAUCAAAUCGAUGACAAGAAAAUUGAUUCAAAAACCGAUGAAAUAUUAGCCAAAAUACGGUCGGUAUAUAAACCGGGAAUGAAUGUAAAAAAUCGUGGUGCCAAAAAUAAUCCAUUAGCAUUGAAAGUGGCAUUAAUGAAAUUAAAAUCCAAAGCCAUUGGUCUUGAAUCAACGCCGCAAGAAGAACGUGAAUAUUUUUAUCUUUCAUUCAUUGCAAAUGAAAUUGGCUACAAUCAACAAUGUAAAGAAUUUCGUGAUGAACCAAUAUUUCUUUGCCGUGAAUGGUCCAUUGGUAAAUGUGUUGAUUGGUUAGCACAGAAAUGGUCACUGAUCAACAAGAAUAAUCAAUGGAAUGCACCAAAAUUAAUUCUUACUAGUGAACGAUUAUUAAUCGAUACGAAUGAUCAACGAAAAUGUUGUGAAAAACAGAAGAAUUUCUUUUGUUUUUCUCAUCAUUUGAAAGAUUUAUUAGCUGAUAAUGUCAUUUUUUCAACUGAUUUAUUGAUUUUAACAUAUCUGGAAAAUUAAAAUCGAUUUUUUAUAUUAUUACCACA